AUGUCUACAGCAGUGCCUCCAAAGAUUCAGUUAGCAGCCACACUUUCACUUUUGGCAAGUGGAAGCUUUCAACAUGCAGUGGGUAAUGACUAUUUGGUAGGAUUAGGUCAAAGCACCGUCUCCAAAAUUGUCAGCCAUGUUACUCAAGAAAUGGAAACAAAACUUUGCCCAAAAUUUAUAAAAUUUUACUUUUUCAAAAAAUAUAAAAUUCCUGGAGUUAUUGGAUGUGUAGAUGGAACGCACAUCGGCCUCCAAAGACCAAACAAAAACGAGCAUAUGUUCUUUAAUAGAAAGGGGUUCCACAGUCUUAAUGCUAUGGUGAUUUGUGACCACGAGCAUAAAAUUUUAAGUGUAAAUUCAAAAUAUGGUGGAGCGGCACAUGAUUCAUUUGUGUGGAAACAUUCUGAAGAAAACUUACAAAAACUUUACAAUAAUAAAAAUUUUAAAAAUAUAUGGCUUUUAGACUCAGGAUACCCGAUUGAACCAUGGUUGAUAACUCCGUACAGAAAUCCAGAGGAAUGCUCAAUGGAGGCAUACUUUAAUGAAAUACACUCCAAAGCCCGAUGUAUUGUAGAGAGAUCAAUCGGCAUACUUAAAGCUCGUUGGAAAAUUUUAAUAUUUGUACUCAUUAAAAUCACAUAA